CGCGAGACCAGGUGACAGGCAGGUUUACGGCGGCGGCUGCGGGGUUGGGUUGUCAUCGUGGAGGCCUGCGGGCUGGACGAGGGUGCGGGAAGGGAGCCGCUGCUACUGGUUCGCCCCGUGAGAAAUGCGGCUCCAGGUUACAAGAGGGCACACAGAGAAUUUGUUGCGCAGUGACAAGUCUCCUCCAAUUGAAGAUGUCACAAAAUGAAAAUGACUGGCAGACUGGACACAGUCAAAGUUAUUUGUUCAGACCAUAGCAUUAAUUGAGAAGGUUAAAUGUAAAUUUGUAAAUAUGGUUCUACGUGAGUCUCCUUUCCCGAAUGCCUGUGUUCAUGGCCUACAUUCUGCAGCUUGGGCCCUGAUCUUCCCUUGUUUUUGGUCCCUGGAUCAUAUGAUUGCUAUCUGUGUGCCAACGACUCCUGAGAAACUUCAGGAACAGGAAUGCUAUCUCUGGCCAUUGAAGGCUUUCUUUAGUUUCCUCCUAUGCCUGACUCUGCUGGUAAUCUGCAUGCCUCUGGCACUAAUUGGGUUCAUUGUCUGGGCUCCUCUACAGACAGUCAGAAGGCCAUUCAGUUAUUCUUACGUGAAGAAACCAGUGGUCAGUGCUGAGAAACAAUGGUCCGGUUACGGAGAGGGAAGGGGGUUCAGUUUUCUUGAAGCAAACUUGUGCUUUCUGCCCAAUAGUCUAGCCCGAUUUAAUAAUCUGGCUAGGACCCAAAGGAGAGCUACUCAGAUCGCCACUCACAUCUGUGAAUCUGUAGGUCGGCCAAGGAUUAAGGUGUGCGUGGAUUCUCCAACGAGCAUGACUGCCAGCUCUCAGAGCAGGAGGAGCUCUUUGACUCCAGUCAGAGACAUGCCUAACUCACACAGUGUCAACCGCACACAGGGGCCUGGGGAACUGCUUCCAGUCUUGAACAGCCUGCACUACAUUGAUAGCUCAGAGGAGAGCAGCGAAGUCGAGAACAUGAGUCCAGGUCAAAUCAAUGUGCGUACUUCAGCCGUGGAAGCAAGCAGCCCGUCAGAAACCGUGGAGGAGCUGACAGGUGACCAACCCAGCAAGCAACCUGCUCCACCUCCUGCCUUUGCAACAUGCCACAGCAGACCUCGAAAGAAGCAGAAUAGGAAAGAAGAUCUGGUGGCGGAAAUAUCUCCACUGUUUCCUGCUGAUACAGCCUUUGUCUGCCUACUGGAAGUCUUUGAGAAACGGGCAGCAGCCAAGCUGAAGCAGCUUCUUCAGCCGGCAUUUGCACAUGUUCUCUAUGACGUCGGCGUGUACGGCUUCCAUGGCUGCUGUGAGUUCAAAUUCCUCAACAGUGGGAUCUUCUUUGCUAGCCGCUAUCCCAUCCUUCAUGCAGAGUAUUACUGCUUUCCCAGGUCACGGGGAGAAGAUGCCCUGGCUGCUAAAGGUCUCUUGUGUGUUAAGGUUGAAGUUGGAUUGACCCAAAAAGGCCAUCGGAUUGUGGGGUAUGUCAGCUGCACCCACCUACAUGCCACAGCAGAGGACAACCACAUCCGUCAGAACCAACUCAGUCAUAUCGCAGAUUGGAUCAGCGAAUUCAUGAGUGCAACAGAAUGUGAGGAUGAGAAAGUUGUGUUCGAUGUUCUUUGUGGCGAUUUCAAUUUCGAUAACUGCUCUCUGGAGGAUCAUCUGGAGCAGCAGCAUCAGAUCCUCAAAAUGUAUAAAGAUCCUUGCUGCAUUGCACCGGGUAAAGAGAAGCCUGGGGUCAUAGGUACACUGUUAGAACAAAGAACGAUGUAUGAGGAGCCAGUAAUCAGUCCAGAGAAUUUGCAGCGGGCCUUGGAAAUCGAUGAGUUGAGGAAACAAUACCUGGCAUUCCCUGUUAACUGUGCUAUUGACAACUCCGAAAGUCCAGAGUCCUCAACUGUUGGAGGUGGACGCAGGAUUGAUUACUUGCUGUAUCGGGAAGAUACCGUUGCAAAGGAAGUGAUGACCGAAGUGGAGGAAUUUACUUUUAUUACCCAGCUGGCUGGGUUGACGGACCACCUUCCAAUCGGAAUGAGACUCUUCAUUUCCAUGACAGCAGAGGAUGGCAACGAGAAUUGCGAUGAACUUUGACCUCCUAAACUACCCCACCACCCAAUAAGUGCCAAAUGCUUCGAGAGAGAUACAAAACUAUCUUUUAAAAAUGGUAUUUUUAAAUAUGUAAAUUAUAAAUGUAAAUCAUGACACUUUGAUUCUGACCGUACCGGAGAUGUAUGUUUACAUGAUAUUAAGAUAGUGAUGCUGGAGUAUGAGCGCUUUGAACAUUUGGACCAGUGACCUGAAAAUUGGGUCCAUCAUUAACUCCCCCAUUAACUCCUCUCCUCUCUCCCAAAUCGAGACCUUAACUCGAAAUCCAGAACUGUCUUUUGCUUUUCCAACAGUUCCAUGCAGUGGUUACAAAUCUAUUGCCAAACAAGUCAGUUCUGUGCUGCUGUCUGUCCAGUUCCUUCAGUGUGAGAUUUCUGUCGGAUCCAUUUUGCGUUUGCAAGCAAAAGAACUCGACAUUCGGACCCACAUUUGAACUGCCUCCAAGGGAUCUUGCUGAUUUGGGUAUACAUUUCGGGUUCCAUUAUAUUGGAUUUAUCGGUCAUCACACCCCUCACCAAUGUUUUUAUAAUGAAUAAAUGAAGGUUGAGGAAAGUUGUAGAAAUGUAUUCCAAUUGGUCUGACACACUCUCAGCACUGAGAUAGAUUAUGGUUUUUUUUCUAUAUACACGUUCAAUACAUUCCCUUCCUCUGGUGCACCUCCUUUUCCUUUUCUCCAAUGGUCCACUCUUCUCUCCUGUUCAAUUCCUUACUUCAUCCCUAUCCCCACACACUCACCUGGACUUGCCUAUUACCUGCCAGCUUGUACUCAUUCCCCACUUCCUUUCCAGUCUCAAUGGAUGGUCUCAGGCUGUUGUAUUCCCCUCUGUAGAUGCUCUCUGACUUGCUGAGUUCCUCCAGCAUUGUGCUUUGUGUUGCUCUGGAUAAAAAUGUAGAUGGGUGGAUGAGUUAUUUUACAGACAACACAAAGAUUGGAGCGGUGGAUAGUGUAUGUUGUCGAAAGGAUACAGUAGAAGAUAGAUCUGUUACAGUGGAGAAAUGGCAAGUGGAACUUAAUCUGGGCAAAUGUGGAAGAUCAAAUGUAAGGGGAAAGUGUAUAGUUAGCACCAGGACCCUUAACAGCAUUGAUAUACAGAGGGACCUUUGGUCAAACGCAAGACUUCCUGAAAGUGAUCAUGCAAGUGGAUAGGAUGGUAAAGGGGUAUUGCAUGCUUGCCUUCACUAGUUGGAACACUGAGUAUAAGAGGAAAUCAUGGUGCAGGUGUACAAGCUCAUCACUUUAAAACAGAUGAGGAGGAAUUUCUUUUGCCACUGUCACAGAAGUGAAGAUUGAUAGGUUUUUGAUUAGUUAGGGCGUCAAAGGUUACGGGGAGAACACAGGAGAAUGGGGUUGAGAGGGAUAAUAAAUCAGCCAUCAUGGAAUGGCAGAGCUGAGUCAAUGGAAUGGCCUAAUUCUGCUCCUAUGUCUUCUGAUGUAAAAGUUUGCUUAGUAUUGUGCAAUUCUGGUUGCCUCAUUACAGGAUGGAAUGAGAGCUUUAGAAAGAAAGGGCAUGGAAGUAGUUUACUAGGAUGCUGUGUGAAUUGGAGAGUAUGAGAGGUUUGACAAACGUGUUGUUUCCUCUGGAAUGUCAGAGGCUAAGGAGUGACCUGAUGCCAGUUUGUAAAAUUAAGAAACAUGGAGUAGGUAGUCAGAAUCUUUUACUCAUGGAAGAAAUGUUAAGUACUAGAGGAAAUGUGUUUGAGUUGAAAUGGGGGAGAAACUUAAAAACUUGCCCCACACAUCUUAAAACACAAAAAUUGGUGGGUACCAGGGUUGUGGUGUUGAGACUGCUAACACAAACAUACAGAAAAUGGAGAGAUAUGAUUUGUGCACAAGUGGAAGAGAUUUAGUUUAAUUUGGCUUUGUGGUCUGUUCCACUGCUGUGCUGUUCUAUGGUUUCUGUUCUAAAGUGUGCCACCCAGUGGUGAGAGACACCAUUUCUGUUUGUUGCUUUGAUGUGCUUUAAUUUCAUAUUCACUAAUCGAAUCAAAAUAGAAACACUGGAAACUUCCUGGGUGGGCAGCUAUGGUGGUUAACCUUUAGCAUAAUAGAACAUAACAGCACUGUACAGGCCCUUCAGCCCACAAUCUUGUGCUGACCCUUUAAUCUACUCAGAUCAAUUGUUACGUUUCUAAGUUUUCUGAUCAGACAAAUCGACAUGUCAUUAUAAGUGGAGAGGAAAAUGCAAGACAUGGGGAUAUGGAACUAAUUGAACUGGUCUAUCACAGCAAAACCAACCAUCCAGGAGGUACAGGAGCCUUGCCUCCCUCACCACCAGGCUCAGAAACACUUAUUACCGUACACCAGUGUGGAUAACUUAACUCAUCACAACUCUGAAUUGAUUCCACAACCGACACUUAUUUUCAAGGAUUUUUUAACAAUUCAUGUUGUGUUAUUAUUUGCAGUUUGUCUUUUGCACAUGGGUUGUCUGUUUAGUACCUAUAAAAAGUAAUUAGGAUAAUUAAUUUAGAUCACUUUGUAGUGCUGUUUUCUCUUUGACACGAAAAAGCGUUUCUCUGUUGAUCAGUGUUAAAAAAGCCAAAUUAAAUCCACUCAAUGUUGUAAAACAAUAAAACACAAAAACUUUGGGGGGAGGGUGCAAAUACUUUUUAUAGGCACUGUAUGUGAGAUGUGCAGAUGACACUGUUAAUUGCAAGUAUGGAGGAAGAACUACAAAACUUAUUUGAUAUAAUUGUUGAAGGAAGUGCAAAAAUGGGUCUAUUAAUUGCAAAAAGACAAUAUAUGGUGAUAUCCAAAAAGAAGGAGACUCCUAUCUGCAGGCUGAGAAUAAACAGGGAAGACAUAAAACAAGUCCAGAACUUUUGCUACUUAGGAAGCUGGGUGACAUCAGAUGACAGGUGCGACUUGGACAUCGAAAGAAGAAUAGGGAUGGCAAAAGACACCUUUACGAGAAUGAAGAGUAUACUGAUCAACACUAAACUAGGCAUGACAACCCACCUCAGAGUACUGUAAUGUUACAUUUAUCCAGUUACGUUAUAUGGCUCAGAAUAUUAGACAAUAUCUAGUAACAUGUGGAAACAAAUUGUAGCAGCAGAGAUGUGGUUUUUGAGGAGGAUGCAAAGAAUAUCAUGGACAAAAUGAAUAUCUAACGAGGAUGUCAUGAACAGAGCAAACUCAAAAAGAGAAAUAAUGUAUGAGAUCAUGAAAAGGCAACGUAACUUCAUUGGACAUGUGAUUAGGAAAGAGGAGUUAGAAUGCACAAUAAUUAUGGGAAAGAUUGAAGGGAAGAGAGCAAGAGGAAGACAAAGACAAAUGAUGAUGGAGACAGCAGCCAGAGAACUGGAAAUGAAUCCCAAUGAAUUGAUCCACUUGACCCAAAACAGGAGUGUGUGGGCUGUGGCAGUCAAAACUCAAACUGGGCAUGGCAUCUGAUGAUGGUGAUGUAUUUUUUGUAAAUUCUAUUGUUUAUUUUCCCAUAAAUGCUUACAAGAAAAUGAAUCUCAAGGUAUUAAGUGCUAACAUAUAUAUUGAUGAUAAUAUACUUUGAGAAUAUGGCAGGUGCGAUAAAAUACUUACUUUGGUGCACAAAACUAAAAAGCAGUGUAUUUAUUAAACAGGCUGGAAAAUCCAUGGACCCUGAGUAGCUUGAAACACAAAUUUCAGAGCUAACAGGUGCAUGAAUGUUGCAAUGGGUAUGAUGGCCUUUGUUAGGAGAGUAAUGAAGAAUGGUGGCACCUAGUUAUAUACCCAGAUGUACAGGUAUGUACCAUUAAGGGAACAGCAGUGACCGAUACAGUUUGGCACCAGUGGUCCUGCUCUGUGUUUACUCCUGAAGCUUGAGGUUUGAGAUCAGUGUUUUCCUCUUAGAUAGAUGUCAACCACAGCUGACAAGUCCCAUCUGCCUGAAGUGAUUGGUUUUAAGGCCCUUCCUCCUGUCAGUAGAAACAUUUCUGUCAGGCUUAGUAGCUAAGCCACGCGUGAAGGCCAGGCGCUGGAUUUGGAUAUCAGAGGCUAUUUGAGAU